AUGGAAUUGUCCGCAAUCGUUGCACGCACGGCCGAUCCAGGCUCAUUCCGAUUCAAAUAUUUCCGGGUUUUGGUUCAGGAAAUGCAGUUACAAUUGGAUCAAGGAUUCCUAACUGAUAUAGUUUAUUUCUUCGGCAGUAGUGUUUCCCGUGUGGACGAAGAGGAGGCAUUCAAACGGGAUUGUCAGCUGAUUGAGAAUCGUCUAAUCGAUUCUCCCGUGGUCAUUUCGCACUUGCAAGAAGGCAAUCGCUCUGUGUUCGACAAUUUGCACAUAUCACCCAUCAAAAUGCACGUCAGCUUCUCCCUCACGGGCAGUACCGAAGGCAAAUCGAACGCAUUCCCAAGCGAAGUGUUGAACGUUUUCCUACAGUCUUUAGGAGUCGUACUUACUGACGUGCAAGAUGUUAUUUUCAAGCUAGGCUACUUCGAGCGUCAGGCAUGCAUAAUGACCGUGAAUCAGAUGAUUGCUGAAAUGACACGGCACUACGUGAGUCAGGGAGUUCGUCAAAUGUAUGUCCUCGUACUCGGACUAGACGUGUUGGGCAAUCCAUUCGGUGUGCUUCGUGGUAUGGCUCAAGGGGUUGAGGAUUUGUUUUACGAACCAGUUAAGGGUGCCGUACUUGGACCGGAAGAAUUUGCUGAAGGAGUUGCUCUAGGUGUGAAAAGCCUAUUCGGUCAUGCAGUCGGUGGGGCUGCUGGUGCUGUUUCUCGUAUCACGGGCACUAUCGGUAAGGGUGUGGCCGCAUUGACCUUGGACGAAGAUUACAAACGUCGUCGACGCGAACAACUGGCACAUCGACCGGAAAACUUCGGUGCGGGUCUAGCACAGGGCGGUAAAGGUCUGGUGAUGGGCUUCUUGCAUGGAAUGAGUGGAGUAAUAACGAAACCGGUCGAGGGUGCUAAAAAGGAGGGAUUCGAAGGAUUCUUCAAAGGCGUUGGCAAAGGUCUGGUCGGUGCAGUAACACGACCGGUUUCCGGGGUGGUGGAUUUCGCCAGCAGCUCAUUCGAGGGCAUCCGCAGAUUCGCAGACAGCGUGGAAGAAGUGGGACGUGUUCGUCCACCUCGUUAUUUACGCAUGGACGGUGUGAUUCGACCGUACAAACGACGCGAAGCAGAAGGCCACCUGAUUUUACGCAAAUUAGAUAAGGACGCCAACUACGGUCAAUACGUGUAUCAUAUCCCGGCCUCCCGCGGAAAUAACAUCCUGGUACUCACAAACAGCGACUUGCUGCAAAUUGAAAGCAUGGAUCUGUUGGGCACAUUGUCCACAAACUGGCAAACACGACUGGACGCGCUUGCUAGCGUACCUGUUGUGAAUCGGAAUGGGAUUCUCAUCACGUUGAAGGAGAAGCAGAAGAAACUGUUCAGUUCGGGACAUCAAACCAGACAAUUUGACUGUGAUCAAGUUACUGCUAUGCAUUUGGGGUUUUAUGAAGGCUUGCAGCAUUUUAUCCGACUGAACGGAAGGUUAAUUUUCACACCAACGCCGGAAUCGUUCGGGCUAUGGCGGAUGGUGGCAACCGUACCGGCAGUUAUUGAGUUCCAUCCUGCCUGA